AUGAAGUUCAAAACUUUUGUAUUUGGCGUGGCACUUGGUGCCUGUAUUUCCCAGGCACGAAGCGAAACUCUUACAGUGGAAAUGAUAGAAAAACUGGGAAAUAACAGCCUGUUUACACGUUGGCGACCGACGUCUCAUUUCCUGGCCCCAGCAGGAUGGAUGAAUGAUCCUUGUGCUCCUAUGUAUGAUCCUGCACGGGGUCUCUACCACUUGCACUACCAGUUCCAUCCAAAUCAUGUUAGCUGGGGAAAUGUAUCCUGGGGACACGCCACGUCCCCCGAUCUCAUAGAAUGGACCGAUGUCGACCAUUUCCUCGAUAAUGGCGUGCCUGCCUGGAAAGACUUGGAAGCACAAUCGAUUGGUACUACCAACUUGACCAGCCAACACAGGCCAUCUUUAUACAACCAUUUAGCAAUAUUUUCUGGUAGCGGUCAACCGGUCAAUCUUUCCGGUGGAAUUGAUGGAACAAUUCUGGCUUUUUACACAGGCGCUUCACAGUUGCCAACUGCAUGGAAUACACCCUAUUUCCCUGGAACUGAGAGUCAAGCGCUAGCAUACUCGACCGAUGGAGGAAUUUCAUGGAGUCACUAUGAGAAUAACCCUAUCUUGUCUGACCCGCCUGGAAAUUGGAAUAUAACGGGCUGGCGAGAUCCAUCCUUCUUUCCGUGGAAAGAGAUGGAUAUGCUUCUCAAAAAGACAGAACCUCAUUGGUAUGCUGUGUUUGGCUCUGGCAUUCGGGAAGUUGGCCCUCGAAUCCCCUUUUAUACUGCUCCAGCCUCGGAUCUUACCAAUUGGACUUUCAUGGGAGCUCUAUGGGAGCCAGAAAAAAACAGUUCCUUAGGCUCGCUGAAGGAGACCGGCUCCUACGGUUUUAAUUUUGAGCUUUCCAAUUUCUUCUCUAUAGGCGACCGUUACUUUGUGACUAUGGGCGCUGAAGGAGGUAAUGUGAGCUUCCAUCAACAGAAAUGGUCUUUGUGGAACGAAGGAAUUCUGUCCGUCCGCAAGAAUGGAAGUAUAGCCUUCCAACCUGUUUCUGGCGGUGCGAGUGAUUGGGGUCUUCUGUAUGCCAUUUCCUCGUUCAAUGACACCAAAAACAACCGCCGUAUCCAAUGGGGUUGGGCACAGGAAGACAUGAAUGACUUUGGUAUUACCCAGCAGGGUUUCCAAGGAGCAUUUUCAUUGCCUCGAGAAAUAUUUAUCAAGGAGACUGCAAACGUCAUCCACGAUUCUACACGCACGGUCCUCGGAAAUUCUCGCUAUGUGCAAAAUCCUAAUGGCUCCUGGACUGCGAGCACCCUUGGUGUUCGCCCAGCCGCAGAUGUUGUCAAGGGUCUUCGACGCAGCGCAAAGCAUACAAAGUAUGCAUGUGGUCAAAAGAAGUGUAAUACAGACCAGAUUGUGUUGCCAAGAAAUCUCACAAAAUCCUACCAGUUCUCAGUGAGCAUCAAACACAUGACAGGCAUGACGGGAGUUACGAUUUGUGCUUCCCCUGAUGGCGAGGAGUACACAAACGUUUAUUUUGAUCCUUCGGAAAACAGCAUAGUUGUCGACCGCACACACUCUUCCCUGAUCAGUAUGUUCGCAAAUUCAUCUCAUAUUGGGUAUUUCAAACCCCAUAAAAUCUGGAGUGCGAGCGACAAACCGAGUAUGGAAGAGAUUCAGAUGGACAUUUUCGUCGAUGGAUCUUUAAUCGAGGUAUAUGUCAACGAUCGUUUCGCACUUACCAGUCGAAUCUAUCCCAGUAGAGAGGAUAGCAACGGCAUUGCUUUAUUCACGGGCCCUGAUGCCCAUGUUGAAUAUUCAAGAGUCGAAAUUUGGGAUGGUUUACUCAAUGUCUGGCCAGAUAGGCCCCAAAAUAGCAGUUCUCUGCUCGUUUUUGAUACACCGGCUGAAACAGGGAACUAUACUUGGUGGACUGGUAAUUAA